CUUACGUCACUCCCCUAUAUAUACACUCACUCCUUAACAAAAUUUCCUUAGUUUCUACAUUCUCUCACCUCACUCGCCUCGCCUCCAUUCACCAUUUCACCCUCAAAAAUCCUCUCGCAUUUUUCUCUCUCCUCCGACUCGUCCAACGUUGAAUUCAGGUCUCCAUGUCUUUUAUCAAUCUGAAGAAGAAAAAUUUGUGGAUUCUUUUGUUUGAGUUUUGUUUCUUCAAGAGAGGUUGGUGGGAUUCGUAGAUUUUCGUUGUCAAUAUUUUGUUAUCAGAGAGCGAGUUUUCUGUCUUUGAUUUCUCUCUCUCUGUAUUGAUCUCUUUCAAUUGUUCAUACGAUCCGUCGUCGUCGAUUUCGGUUAUUGCUGCUGCAAUUGCUCUGAUUUAGUAGUGUUUAGUGAAUUUAAGUUUCUGAAUUUCCAAGUAGAUUAAAAGGAUCAAAAGAGAAUAAAAGAACAGCUUGUUCUUUGUUGGUGUUGAUUUUUCGUCGUAAUGGAGGAGUUAUUGGGUGGCAAGUCUCUUCCACCGGGGUUUCGAUUUCACCCCACGGAUGAGGAGUUGUUUAUGUAUUAUCUGAAGAGGAAGGUUUUGGGGAAAUCUCUUGGUCCUGAGAUGAUUUCUGAGGUUGAGGUGUAUAGGUUUGCACCGUGGGAUCUCCCUGCGAUGACGUGUCUGAAGACUAGGGAUUUGAAUUGGUAUUUUUUCUGCCCUCGAGCGAAGAAAUACCCUAAUGGAGGAAGAGCCAACAGGGCUACUGAAUGUGGGUAUUGGAAGUCUACUGGGAAUGAUAGGACUGUGACGUAUAAUUCCCGUCCUGUGGGAAAGAUUAAGACUUUGGUGUUUCAUCGUGGGAAGGCACCUAAGGGUGAGAGGACUGAUUGGGUAAUGCACGAGUAUAGGCUGGAGGAUAAGGUGUUGGCGGAAAGAGGUGUUCCCCAGGAUUGUUAUGUCAUCUGUAAGAUCUAUGAAAAGAGUGGUUUAGGACCGAAGAAUGGGGAAAAUUAUGGGGCGAGGUUUGUAGAAGAGGAGUGGGACAGUGAUAUUGAUGAUGACAACGUGCAGCAGGGGGAUUUGGGACUUACGCUGCAAGAUGUGGGUGGCGGUUGUAAUGUUGAUAGUCCUGACGGAUCGUUUUCUGCUUUGACUUCUACCAUGGGUACUCCAAAUGUUGCUUCUCCCAUGGAUACUUCAACUCUCAUUGGUGCUGCUGCUAAUGUGGGACCUCCAAAUAUAUUUUCUGCUUUUGGGGGUAAUCCACAUAUUAGUGCUGCUUCUGCGGAUACACCAACUACUGCUGCUUCCGUGGGUACACUAAAUGUUACUGCUGCUUCUGCGGGUGCUUUGGGUGCCUUUGCUGAGGGCUCUCAUAGUGCUGCUGCUGCUGCACCUGAAGAGGAUGAGUUGGACAGGCUGUUGUCUUACUUUACUGAGGAUGUUGGUGAUAUUUUCAAAGGGUUGGAAGAUUUGACUGAUACUUCUGCCCAGACUGAUGCUGAUUGGAAUGAUCUCUUCAUUGAGAUGGAUGAUCUAAGGUGAAUUACUCUAUUAUGGCCCAAUAUAGGGCAACUAUCUUAAUCGAGUGAUAUUUCACUUAAAACCUAUUUUAGAUUAUGCAUAGUUUGUUGCUAUUAUGAUGGUAUUUGUGGUUUUGUGCUUUUAAUUUUCGGUCAAAUGAUUUUGAUCGUGGUAUUUUGAUUCUAAAGUGAAAACUCAACAUUGUGUAUAAGGGUUGAGGCAUACCUAUAUAUGAGUAUCUUGCAGUUUAUUCUUCUAA